AAGACGGUUAAUUCACGAUUCGGACAUCGCUUAAGGACAAUGGAGUCGGAUACACCGGAGUCAAAUCGAGUAGAGAUCCUUCUAUCGCAAAUAUGUCACAGUCGGAUUACUCAGAGUUAUGAAACGGAUGACUGGAUGAACAUCAGUGUUAUAUGACCGCAGUGCGCUGUUUUCUGAUGACCAGCUCGCGCUUUCAACUGUCAUUAGGAGAAGUUCCUUGUUGUAAAGACCUAACGUUACUGCUGCUUCGACUCCUGAGUUUCCCCCUGAACAAUAAGGGCUCCAUGUGAUUUUUAUGGCACUGAACAUUUCAGGAGCUCCUCAUACAAUGUCUGAAGUCAGUAUUGGACGGAAAAAAGAAAAGUGUGAGAAUUGCACUAAACAGUGCAACAAGAAACAGAGUGAGGAAGGUAUAAACUCACUACAGGAGAAAGGUGUUGCCACUGGAGAGGUGAAAGAGUCUACCUCAGUUCAGCAGGUGUUGUUGAGCGCGUGUCUGUCCUGUGACGGCUGCGUAUCAGAGGACGAAGGCCAGAGAAUCUCUCAGCAAAAUCUGGAAGAGAUCAACCAUGUGCUUGCCCUCAAUAAGAAAUGUGACACUUCGAAGCACAAAAUUCUUGUGGUGUCUGUGUGUCCCCAGUCGCUGCCUUUUUUUGCUAUUCAAUUUCAGCUGGAUGUUCCAGCAGCUGCAAAGAAACUCUGUGGCUUCCUGAAGAGAGUGGGGGUACAUUAUGUCUUUGACACUACAGUAGCUGCAAGUUUUAGCAUUUUGGAAAGCCAGAGAGAGUUUGUUCAGCGUUACCGUCGCAAACAUCAUGAUUCUAAUGCCAUGCCGAUGUUCACAUCCUCUUGUCCAGGAUGGAUUCGCUAUGCAGAGCGUGUUCUUGGGAGCCUGGUCACUCCACACAUCUGUACCGCCAAAUCACCUCAACAGAUCAUGGGCUCCUUGGUCAAAGACUUUUUUGCCAGACAACAGAAGCUGACCCCAGAUCAGAUUUUCCAUGUGGUGGUGGCUCCCUGCUUUGAUAAGAAGCUUGAAGCUGUAAGAGAGGAAUUCUACAAAAGCAUCCUAGAGACCAGAGAUGUCGACUGUGUCCUUACGUCAGGAGAGAUUCUCCACUUAAUGGAGCAAAGCAAAGUUACUGUAGAGGAAGUGGACUCUGCUCCUUUGGAUCAUGUAUUUGGUGAGACCGCUGACCCAGAUAUGACCAGACAUGAAGGUCGUGGAUCCGAAGGCUUCCUGGAGCAUAUUUUCAAACAUGCAGCCAAAGAGCUGUUUGGGCUAGACGUCCAAGAGAUUGUGUACAAGACACUCAGGAAUCGAGACUUCCAGGAGGUGGCACUAGAGCGUGAUGGAGAGACUCUGCUGCAGUUUGCUGCAGUUUAUGGCUUCCGGAACAUUCAGACUUUAGUGCACAGAAUGAGAAACGGGAAAGUGCCUUACCAGCUUGUAGAGGUGCUCUCCUGCCCUGGAGGCUGUUUAAGCGGGCGAGGACAAGCUGAGGGAGAGGGAGGUCGUCCUGACCGAACAUUGGUCCAGCAAAUGGAAGAGCACUAUAGCAGCUUACCUGUCCGUCUACCUGCCAACAACCCAGAGGUCCAGCGCCUCUACCAGGACUGGCUGGACGGCCACGACUCCCCACAUGCACAGCAGUGCCUCCACACUCAGUACAAGAACAGCACGCAGCCGCCCUCUCAGAUACUCAAUUCUGAUAUUCAGUGGUGAUCUGAAGUCACUGAUGCGUUACCGUAUAUCAGAAACCAAAUCUGGCAUUAAAAGCACCAAUCAAGACUGUUUGAUGCCAUCUUGGGAUCACACGGACUGCAAUGUGUAUGCAGUAAAAGAAAAGUUGAACAGAGGAAACAGGCCUCCUGUUCUUUCCAGUGAAUCAGAUUCUGCUUUACUAAUGCGAAAAUUUGCAUUCGUUAACUAGUUUUCUGGAACAUUCACUCACAUUACACCUAAUGAUGUCAUGCAUGGUUGGGCAACCAGCCAUCACAUAAAAGUGUUAUUAAAAUAACAAUAACAAGGCAAAAAUCUCUGGUUAUUAUUGAUAUUAAUUACUGGACCCUGUUCAUACGGAUUGUAAGAAAUAUUGAUGGCAUUGAAAGUGUGAAACUAAUACAUACUGGCACAGUGAAUUAAAGAAUGGGACUCCUUGCUGGCUGAGGCUAUUUAAACCAGCUCCUCCCACAAACAUGUUAUAAGGAUCUACCUUUUACCAAAAAAAAAAUUCUCCUUUUUCAAAUCUCAUAUCACACCAGAAAGGCAUUUAUUUUCAUUAACAAUUAAGGAAAAAAAAAAUAAGUUGAAGAUAAAGUAUCGGGUAGGGUUAGGGUAGGUGUAGUCCCAAUAAGUAGUUCCUUUAUUGUCCCACUAAGGUGCCAUCCAUUUAAUAAUUAUAAUACAAAUUAUAAUUUACACUCAACUGCAUUAUUAUUGCAUACGGUUUUACGAUGUACUAUAAUACUGAGGUGCAGAUAAUUGGCACUAUUUGCAAUAAGUAGUAUAAAUAGCAGAAAAUCCUGCUGUUUUAACAGUUAAUAAAUUUAUAGCUAUCUGCACUUAGUGUAAAAUCAUAGCACUAAAAAGGCUGCUGUUUUCACACACAGUGUAAAUAGCAUCCAUCACUAUUUGCACUUCCUUAAAGAAUACCACAACCAUCAAUUAAAGCUUCCUCUUUUUUUUGUUCUUUUUUUUUUUAAGUCCAGUAAUUUUAACAAACCUGCCAGUGGUUGUCAUCUUGCUCCGAUGCAUUAAGAAAUUAGUUGUUAGAACCAUGCACUGACAAACUCUACUAUAUUCUAGUGUGUCUGUACAUACCCUGUGAUUCUCACUUAUUUAAUUAAAUAUAUUUUGACUAAUUUAA